AUGUCAUAUUACCAAUUCUUUACACCGGUGAACGAAAGACACUAUAAGGGACUGGUUUUCUUGCGGGCAGGAUUUGAACAACGGAGCGCUCUAAGCCGGAAUUGGACUUUAUCAGAUAUAUGCUUUAAACCACCUUCACCACAAUUACCUCAAGGACCGUUGACAUCAUUAUUGACAAAAUUGCUGGAACGAUUAAUACCGUGCAUUUGGAUUACACCCAUUGAUUGUUUCUGGGAAGGAUCGAAGCCACUUGGACCAUCACCACCGCUCAAUUUUGGGCCAGAUGCACAAGCAUUCAUAAGUUCACUUCCAAAAGGAAAUAUAACAUGGAGGAAUCUGGAUCCGUCAGCAGUACUGAAGGAA